AUGGCUACCCCAGAAAGAAAAGUGCAGAACCCAGACUCCAUACCCUGGGACCCGAACAACGACAGUUUCCCUUUGAGGAGCGAAUUACCGAAAGCCAUACCGUAUCAUCCAGAUGCGCCUAAAGAUGCGGCUUGGGUAUGGGGGAAGGAUGAUUAUAUAGGAAGACUGAACCUCCUAACCCCAUUACGAGUCUUCAAUGCCGCAAAGACGGAGAUUCGCACGGGCGAGACGGUUCGAUUGGAUCUACCGCUACACGUCCCCAUAGCGCCCUGCUUCGGUCGCACGCCCGCGACCCAUCGCAUCAUGGAUCUGGGCGGCGGCGUCGCGUUUGACGAUGUUCUCGACAAUAUGAAUCCGCAGGGCGGGAGUCAGUGGGAUGGGUUUCGACAUGUACCCCCUCCUCCUCUUCGAGCUUUGCUAGGUGUGAUGCUGAUCACAGUGUAUGCGACGGAUAUCCUCCCCGACCCAGAACAGACUCAAACCCAGCAUCCGAACGAGAACCUCAAAUGCAGUAUCCACUACUGGUCCUCGCCGACAGAACCAACACCUAAAGGCGAAGAGAAAAGAACAGGCGGAAUAUCCGGCCGCGCCGUCCUACUCGACUACUGGACGUACGCGCAAUCCACGCCCGGCAAAUCCUACGACCCAUACACAGGCCACUCCAUCAGCUUCGCCGAUCUCCUCGAAUGCGCAAAAUUCCAGGGCAUCAAUAUCGCACCGGCAAGUCAGGGAGGCGACAUCCAAAUCGGUGAUAUCCUGCUCGUGCGCUCGGGCUGGGUGGACAGAUACAACGACCUGACAGACGAGCAGCGCGCAACAGCCGCAAAACGGCAUGUGCAUGUCUUUGAACCGAAACCGUCAGACAUCAAACCAGAAGGAUCGCAGGAAUGGGCGGGUCUUGCCCAGGAUCCCUUGACUCUAACGUGGUUGCACGAUAGUUACUUCUCGGCGGUUGCGGGCGACGCACCUAGUUUCGAGAGAUGGCCAUCCCUUGAAACGGGGCCCAGUGGUGACGGAAAGGGAGGGUGGUUGUUGCAUGAAUACGUACUCGCGCUGUGGGGGAUGCCGCUCGGCGAAAUGUGGGAUUUGGAGGGUGUGGCAGAGGUCUGUAGAAGGCAGAAGAGGUGGACGUUCUUUUUGUCGAGUGCGCCGGAUAUCAUUUUUGGGGGCGUGUCAUCACACCCGAAUGCGACGGCGAUUUUUUAG